AUGCCACCUCCGGCACCGGUGAACGCGGAGGCCCUGGUGGCCGCGAACAACAGCACCCUCGACGGGAUCCUUGGUGCGUACAACAUGAGUACGAGUGGCGUGGGCACGGUCGGCUCCUCCGGGCCCGUCAGCCAGGAGCGGCGCGACCAGCUGGACUGCCAAGCUCCCGCGUGGAGCCCCGUUGACAGCGGCGAGAAUGAAGCCGAGAGCGCGGACGGUAGCUUGCCCAGGCAUUGCCGCAGCUUGUCGGCGGACAACCUUGUAGGGAAGUUCAAGUUUGAACCCUCCGGCCUGGAGCCGUCCAACUCCAACUCCAACAUGCCGCCUCCAUCUCCGGGGCCAGGUACUGCUAGUCGGCUGGCACGCAGUGGAAGUGGUUCCAUUGGUGGUGUCGCUGCUCUCUUUGCCAUGGAAUUCGCAAACAUUAAGGAAUUCAGUGAGGCAGAUAAGAAGGUUAUCAUGGACAGUGAGCACCUCGCGCAGAUUGUGCUGACCGAUCCUAAGAGGGUCAGGAGCCACGUCGUCCCGAUCUCGUGGUUGGCUGGAACCGAGCGGAGUCUCGCCACCAAGACGAACGCCGACGUCGGUAAACCGCUGGAGAUCCGACAUCUCCUCACCGGUCCCUCCACGCGCCGCCGGUCGGCUGAAGGCCACCCCGCGGCGGAUCCGAUCGGGGUUGGAUCCGUAGUCGCCGCCACCAUCAUCUCCGUGCAGAUCAGGCACCCCGACGGAUGGGGCGCUGCCACCGCCGCCGUCCAUUUCAGGGCCUCCGCUCCGCCGGCUUAUGGCGCUUCGGCCACCGCCGCACGGCAAGGGAUCGCCGCCCCAGCCGCCGCCUUCGGAACCCACGAGAAGGGCUGCCCCUGCCGCCUCAGAUGGGAUCUCGCCGCAACCACCCGCCCAGGUGCCUUCGGCGUCGGGCCCGCCGCCACCGCGGCCCUCGCCGGCGGCAGCAGCGGCAAAGGGAGGCGCGAGAGGAGGCCUGCGGCGCUAGGGUUCGGGGCCCCUGGCGUCGCCUAG